AUCACGUGAGGAGCACUCAAUCACCUGACACACCAAGUUAUUUCUCAACAACUUGGGUGGAUCGUGAUCGUUGCUUGAGAGGAAAUACGUUCUUUUUUUCUGGCGAAAAUCUUCCAAAGGAACCCAAAGAUGGCAGGCAUGACAAUGUGGUGGACUUUGCUGGUGGUGUGUGUCACUGUGCUCGCCGUUCCCAGCCCAAGAGAGACUCAAAAAUGGUCGAAAAUCUCCGAAGAUGAGAUCGUAAAACUGAACACCGAGUCCAACGCCGACGCACCCAACUACAAAAUCGGCGUUGGCAUAGCUGACAUCACAGGCCCGGCAGCAGAAGUCAACAUGAUGGGCUACGCCAACCCUUCUCAAGUAACUGGCGGUAUUCACCUCCGACAGUUCAGCCGAGCGUUCAUCAUCGCCGACAUCAACAAACCAGACAACCGAGCCGUCUUUGUCAGUAUUGACGCUGGAAUGCAAGAUCAGCUUGUCACGCUGGAGGUUAUUAAACUGCUGCAGGCCAAAUACAAGGAUCUGUAUUCUAUCAAGAAUAUUGCCAUCAGCGGAACACAUUCCCACUCCGGAGUUGCCGGCUUUCUGGAACAUCUUCUUUUCCAAGUGACGUCUCUUGGCUUCAUCCCGGAGGCAUUCCAUGCCCAAGUCAACGGCAUCGCUCAGAGUAUAGAGAAUGCCCACAACAACAUGGUGGAUGGCAACAUCUACUACAACUCCGGCAAUCUUACGAAGUCUAACAUCAAUCGAAGCCCCAGUGCCUACCUAAACAAUCCUAAGGAAGAACGAGAAAAAUACACGGCCAACGUGGACCAACUGAUGACCGUCUUGAAGCUGGUCGACAAGAAUGGUGGCGACCUCGGCAUGAUCAAUUGGUUUGCGGUUCACGGUACGAGCAUGAACAACACCAAUCAUCUCAUCAGCGGAGACAAUAAAGGCUACGCCUCGCAGUUGAUGGAGGGUUAUUUUAACAAAGAUGUCAGGCCGGGCAAGGGGAAGUUCGUUGCUGCAUUUGCGUCGUCAAAUCUCGGUGACGUUUCUCCAAACACUCAAGGAGCGAAAUGCAUCGACACUGGCAAGUCGUGUGACUUCAACUCUAGUACCUGCGGUGGCAAGAAUGAGAAGUGCAUUGCGUUUGGGCCAGGGGUGGACAUGUUCGAUAGUACCAGGAUUAUUGCAGAAUAUCAGUACAAGAAGGCAAUGGACCUGUACAAAAGCGCAACGAAAAUGUUAACCGGUCCCGUCAGUACGGUCCACCAGUAUCUGGACAUGACCGAUCAGACUGUUGUUUACAACAGCACAUUCUGGGGUAAGACUUGCAAGGCAGCGAUGGGCUUCAGUUUUGCCGCCGGAACCACGGACGGACCGGGAGCGUUUAAUUUCAAACAAGGAGACACAGAAGGAGACGCGUUCUGGAAAUUUAUCGUGUCCUUUAUCAAGAAGCCGUCUGCCCAAAUGGUGGAGUGCCAAAAACCCAAACCAAUCCUGCUUCCAGUCGGAGAGAUGCUUGAGCCGUAUCCAUGGGGACCGUCCAUUGUGGACACACAGAUGAUUCGCAUUGGUCAGUUUGCCGUUGUCGCGGUACCCGGAGAAUUCACAACAAUGUCUGGGCGCAGAACACGUGACGCAGUACAGAAGAGCCUGAUGGAGCACGGAAUGUCAAACGAUACAGUUGUCGUAUUAGCCGGUCUCACCAAUACAUAUGCGGAUUACAUCGCAACCUAUGAAGAAUACCAGGUCCAGCGUUACGAGGGGGCUUCGACGGUCUUCGGUCCACAUACCCUGCAAGGUUACAUCAACCAGUUCGUUAAACUCUCCGAGUUUCUCGCAAAGGGUACCGAGGCUCCAACCGGUCCCAUUCCAAAGAAUCUCUUGAGUAAAAUGGUCUCUCUACUUCCGCCGGUAGUGUUUGAUGAAGUGCCUCCGUUCCAAAAGUUCGGAGGAGUGGCCCACGAUGCGGAGAAAUCAUACAAGCGGAACACAACUGCCAGUGCCGUAUUCCAUGCUGGAAACCCCAGGAACAACUUGAGGACCGGCGAUACCUUCAUGUCGAUCGAGUUCAAAGAUCCAAAAACCGGAAACUUCUCGGAGAUGUUCAGCGAUUCGGACUGGUGUACCAGGUUCUACUGGAAGCGAACCGAGGAAAUCCUUGGAUAUAGCAAGGCGACGACCUGGUGGCACAUUCCCCCGACGGUGCCCACCGGUACCUACCGGUUCCGCGUGUACGGCAACGCAAAGCACAUCAUCGAAGGCGUGAAGGCAUACGACGGUGUGUCGCGGGAGUUUACGGUGACCGCUUAGAUGGAUCAAUCAGGGCCAAGUUCGGGCAAGGACCAUUAGUCGACUAGUGGUUGAUUUGUGACGUACCUUACGCCUGCGCACUGGUAGCAACGUGCGAACGUCUCUAGUUA